UGUGUAGCCAGCCAAGCUCAUAAACAAGGCUACAACUCUUGUCUUUCUUUCUCAGCUCCAUUGGUGGUUGCUGAGGAUAGAUAACACCACUCAGACCCACCAUACCUUUCCAAAUUCACAUGGCUAUGGCUUUAAACAGUGUAAUCCCCCACACUAGAGCUUUAAGCUUAAGCACUUCCUUGCCUUCUUCUCCUCAUAAAAAGCCUUCAAGCCCUCAAUUUCCACACCCACAAAAUCGUCGCACUGCUGCUCAAGUUGUCCAGAGCGCUGCCUCUUCCUCAACCAAGACCACCCUUCCUGACCUUGAACACCAACUUCAUGAGGAUGAUCGCAGUAACAGCUUCAAUCCCACCUCCACUUCUGCCUCUGCGUGGUCCGAAUUUGCCAGAAAUGUGUCCGGUGAAUGGGAUGGCUAUGGAGCAGACUUCACAACCGAAGGGAACCCGAUUGAACUCCCAGAAAGGGUUGUGCCUGAUGCUUACAGGGAGUGGGAGGUUAAGGUUUUCGACUGGCAGACACAAUGUCCCACUCUUGCUGACCCAGAAGACCAAGUUCUUGCCUACAAGACCAUAGAGCUACUUCCCACAGUUGGAUGUGAAGCCGAUGCUGCUACGCGGUACAGCAUCCUCGAGAGGAAUGUGGGUGGUGUGAACAACAAAGUUUCUGCCUUUGCAUAUCAGGCUAGUGGAUGUUAUGUGUCUGUUUUGCCAGUGGAGGAUAAGAGUUUGAAUAAGUUGUUGGAAGUAGAGUAUUGCUUGAUCAAUCCUCAAGAUAAGGAGUCUCGUGUGAGGAUAAUUCAGGUGAUUCGCAUAGACAAUAUGAAAAUGGUAUUGCAGAGUCUUAGAGUUCUUUGUGAACAGUGGUAUGGGCCAUUCAGAAAUGGGGAGCAAUUAGGUGGAUGUGCCAUCCGUGAUUCUGCUUUUGCUUCUACGCCCGCAUUGGAAGCUUCAAAAGUUGUUGGUACUUGGCGGAGCUCCAGUGCUGUUGCCAAUUUUAAUGGUUCUCAAAAUGACUUUCAAGAACUUUCAGGGGAUAGCGAGCAGAACUCAGUAAGAGAUGAAAGUGGUCUCAUAUUGCUUCCCAAGCAAUUGUGGUGUUCAGUAAAAGAAGGUAAAGAUGGCAUUACUUACAGCGAGGUGGGAUGGCUAUUUGAUGAAGGGCGUGCCAUCACAUCAAGAUGCACCUUCUCAAGCGCAGCAACUCUGAAGGAAAUCUCAGUAGCCUCUGAAACUGCAGCAUGAAUGACAGAUGGCCUUUUAUGACAUUUCGGAUCAGCUUUAAUAUGGGACAAUAAUUGUGAUGCAAGUCAACUUCAAAGUUUAAACACAUAGGAUUCGUAAGCAAUGUAUCUAAAUUUUUUUUUUUCACGAAUAAAUGGAUCACAAUAAGAUCUGCAUCACAUGGCCUAUCGUCAUGUAGCUACAAAACGUGUCUGCGACUUUGAUUCAAAUUCAUAGUAUGCAGCACAUGCCCUGGAUGCUACUGGUUCCCAGAUUUAUAUAAAUAGAAAACAGCCUGCUGGUGAUUUGUACCUUA